AUGGCGCCGUGCUGCGACGGCGGCGGCCGCGACGACGACUGCUGGUACCAGUACGGCCUCGACGACGACUUCCCUCCGCUGUGUCCAGCGCCGCCGCCGCUCGCCUUACCGAGGGGGGACGAGAGCUACUACGACCUGCCGUUGUUCUCCGCGCCACCGCCGGCCGGCGAGCCGUACUACUUCUCCGAUCAGCUCCCACCCGUACCUGUGGACGGCGCAACGGUGGGCCUCGACGACGCGCUCCUGCUGCCGCUAGGAGACAUUGAUCUGGAGGCCUUCGACAAUGCCGACGACAACAAGGAGGCGAUCGUGCCGGCAGGUCAGCAUUCAGGCUGCCACGAAUAUGCAGGCGUCGACGUCGUCCACGCGGAUCAGAAGCCCAUCGCCGCCGACAUCGCGGACUCUUUCCGACCAAGAGCCAUUGCCUUCGAGGCGACCAUGCGUCGCUAUGGGGAGCACCAAAAAUCAAGCUCAGUCGCGGCACUAGUGCUGCCGCCGCCGCCGUCACUGCCGCGGCCGCGAGGUAGCAGGAGCGUCGACCACCGAUCGGCUCUGGCACAGGGGAAGACGAGGCUGGACCACAUCGGCUUCGACGAGCUGAGGAAAUACUUCUACAUGCCCAUCACCAGGGCGGCGCGGGAGCUGAACGUGGGGCUCACCGUCCUCAAGAAGCGCUGCCGCGAGCUCGGCAUCGCCCGGUGGCCGCACCGGAAGAUGAAGAGCCUCAAGUCCCUCAUCCUCAACGUCCAGGAGAUGGGCACCGGCAUGAACCCGGCGGCGGUGCAGCAGGAGCUGGCGGCGCUCGAGACGUACUGCGCGCUCAUGGAGGAGAACCCGGCGAUCGAGCUGACUGAGCGGACCAAGAAGCUGCGGCAGGCGUGCUUCAAGGAGAGCUACAAGCGGAGGAGGGCGGCGGCCGUGAACGUGGUGGAUCACCUCUUCAGCUUCGACGACCACAAGUAUCGCCAUCAGCUGCCGCCGCCGCCGACAAGCAGCACUGGCCAUGGCAGCAGUUUCUUUGGCUACUGA